UGUCUACUUCCAAUCAGCUUUCAUAACAGAGCAGGGGAGCGAAUCAAAUUUAUAAACAGAAUAACCUAUUUAGCGUGUGAAGUAUUUUUUUCAGCGCGCUGGGUCUUAACUACUGUUCGGGUCAAUCUCCUGUGCAAGGUUCACGCACCAGCCAAAGAGAUGACAGUAAAUCCUGGCGGACGGAGGCUGAGACAGUGGUUGAUUGAGCAAAUUCACAGUAACCUUUACUCUGGUCUCCUAUGGGAGGACGAGGAGCAGACCAUGUUCAGGAUCCCCUGGAAACACGCAGGGAAGCAGGACUACAACCAGGAGAUUGAUGCCUCCAUUUUCAAAGCCUGGGCUGUAUUUAAGGGGAAAUUUAAGGAGGGGGACAAGGCAGAACCUGCCACAUGGAAGACCCGGCUCCGGUGCGCUUUGAACAAGAGCCCUGACUUUGAAGAAGUGACAGACCGGUCUCAGCUGGACAUUUCGGAACCAUACAAGGUCUACCGGAUUGUCCCAGAAGAGGAGCAAAAGACAGGCAAAGGCACAGCAGCCAUGAAUGGCAGUGAUGUCACAGAUAUGGAGUGUAGUUCCGCAGAGCUGGAAGAACUCAUAAAGAAGUCUUCAAGUGAGGAUUACCAGCCUAUUUUAAAGAGGAGCCACUCACCACCCCAGGACACUUGCAGGUCCCAGCCCAGUCAGGACUGGUGGUCACAAGGCGGGUUGAACUCAAUGCUUGUAAACCCAGAGCCUACACCAGCUGGCAAUUUUAAUGCAGCCUUCUCGCAGAUGAUGAUCACGUUCUUCUACGGGGGGAAGAUGGUGGGCAGCAACAUGACCACUCACGGAGAGGGCUGCCGCAUCUCUCCCUUCCAGCCGCCCAACGAGAUGCUUUACGUGCCCGACAGCCUCCAGAGCGUGCGCUUCCCCCCCGUGGAGACGAUCGAGCACGAGCGCCAGCGCCAAGUGACCCGGAAGCUGUUCGGCCACCUGGAGCGCGGCGUGCUGGUGCGCGCCAACCGCGAGGGCAUCUUCAUCAAGCGGCUGUGCCAGAGCCGGGUCUUCUGGAGCGGGCUGUGCACGCAGUACAGCCCGGGGCCCAGCAAGCUGGAGAGGGACGCCGUCGUCAAGAUCUUUGACACCGGCAGAUUCCUGCAGGCUCUGCAGCUAUACCAAGAGGGUCAGUACCCAGCUCCUGACCCCACAGUCACUCUGUGUUUUGGGGAGGAAUUCUCUGACAUCACCACCGCCAAGAACAAGCUAAUAAUCGUUCAGAUCACACCAGUGAACUGCCAGCAGCUGCUGGACGCGGUCAAUGCCAUGCGGUCCCAGUACAGCAGUGGGAGCCUGCAGAUCUCAGACGAGACACAGAACGAUCAGCUGGCGCGCAUCUUCCAGGACCUGUGCAGCUACAACGCACCCCAGCGCUGCUUCCGAGAGAACAUCCCCAUCACCGUCUGACACACCUGACACGUCACAAUGCGCUCUGUUCUUUCAGUGACUUAGGUUAAGUGAAGGUAUGCAGCACACUGGUCAAUAUUUAAACUGGCGUGGAAGCCUGGUUUAGGUGUCCGAAAUUGUAGUAGCACUGUACCACCCAGAGUUGAACCUUUUUUUUUUCUAGAACCGUGACACAGCAAAUAUUAAGGAAGAGUGACUUUCCUUCCUGUUGGAUUGUUGAAAUUGUGUAGUCAUUAUGACACAGAUAGGUUUUACUAUCUAUGAGAGCUUGUGAUUAAAUAUAAAUACAUAUACAUUUUUUAUUGAAAUUUAAAUAUGAAUUCAAGGGCUUAUAUUUCCAAUAAUGUAUAUUUUCUACAAAUGUGUUUGAUUAACAUGCUUAUAAACUGAUUUUUUAAAAUAGACUAAUUCAAAUACACCAGUUUGUUUUUUGAAAUAUUGAAAUGUUUCAGAGCAUAUGUUUCAUCGAUGAAGGCUUUAUUUUUGUUAAUCUAUUCCUUUUAAUAUGACCUGUUUAGUACAGAUUUAUUUAUUCCUACUAUAAUAUGUGUCACUGCUGAAAGGACAAUGCUUUUCUCCAUUGAAGCAUAUCUAAAUCUUAACCUGUAGCAGACAGAAACUGGAAAACACAUCAUGUAGUGAUUGCUGUUUGUACACUCAGGAAGAAGAGAUCAAUGCAGCUUAACAACAUGUAAUUAAUCCAUGAAGAAUGUCUAUAUAUAAAUAUCAUCUGUGUGAUGCACAUUUCUAAAUA